GUAUAUAUAUAUAUAUAUAUAUGUUCUUCUGCAACCAUGCACCCACUUCCACCCUCCUUUCUCUUCUCUGCCUUGAAUUUUCGCACUUUUCUUUAACUGAUUUCAAUAACAGCUCUUUUUUUCUUUUCUUAACAUGAGAAGAGUACAAGUUUGACAUCCAGCACUGAAGAUUCUGUAACUGGUGACCUUUCAACUUCCACUGCUACUCGACCAUAGUUUCUAAAGCUUGGUUUAUACUUGACUCUUUGUACAACAAUGGUUGCGUUUGGGAAGAAGUUAAGAGAAUCUCAGAUUCAAGAAUGGAAAGGAUACUACAUUAACUAUAAGUUGAUGAAGAAGAAGGUGAACCGUUAUACACAACAAAUUCAGGUUGGAGAACAAAAUCGCCCUUUGGUUCUUAGAGAUUUCUCCAGGUUGCUAGAUAGUCAGAUUGAGAAGAUUGUCUUGUUUCUUCUGGAACAACAAGGAUUGCUUGCAAGCAGGAUAUCCAAUCUCAGAGACCAGUAUGAUGCCCUCUUACAGCAGCCAGAAGGAAAACAAGUAUCUGAAGUGCAAGAAGCUUAUAGAGAUGUUGGCCGAGAUCUUCUAAGGCUUAUCUUUUAUGUUGAAAUCAAUGCUAUUGGUCUACGCAAGAUUUUGAAGAAAUUUGACAAGCGCCUUGGCUAUAAAUUUACUGAUUACUAUGUCAAAACUCGUUCCAAUCAUCCUUAUUCUCAAUUGCGCCAAGUCUUCAAGCAUGUGAGUGUUGUGGCAGUUGUUGGAGCCAUAUCUCGCAAUCUAGCAGAACUCCAAGACCUUAAAGACAAUCGUGGGAGCUAUGUAUCGAUAUAUGAUCAGCCUGAACUUUCCCAUCCGGAUCCUGUUGUUCACUCCAUCAAGACUGCUGUUGAGAGGUUAUCAAACUCGACAAAUUUUCUUCAAUUCUUGGGAAGACAUGCACUUAUUUUCCCAGAUGAGCUACCAACUGCGUCUUCUGAGGACGAUAUCGAUGACCAGAGAUAUCACUUCAUAUCACUUCUCUUGAACUUGGCAAACACAUUUCUAUAUAUGGUAAAUACAUAUAUAAUUGUCCCAACAGCUGACCACUAUUCCCUGACCCUUGGAGCUGCAGCCACUGUCUGUGGAGUUGUGAUAGGUUCAAUGGCUAUAGCUCAGGUGUUCUCUUCAGUUUAUUUCAGUGCAUGGUCAAAUAGAUCAUACAUGAGGCCACUAGUAUUCAGUAGCAUCAUUCUUCUAUUGGGGAACACCUUAUAUGCACUGGCUUAUGAUCUUAAUUCAAUAUCAGUUCUUCUCAUUGGCCGAUUAUGUUGUGGAUUAGGUUCGGCAAGAGCAAUCAAUAGACGGUAUAUCAGUGAUUGUGUGCCCCUUAAACUAAGAAUGCAAGCAUCUGCUGGCUUUGUCAGUGCUAGUGCACUUGGAAUGGCAUGUGGUCCUGCUCUUGCUUGUUUGUUUCAAACUAACUUCAAGAUUUACAACCUGACAUUCAAUGAAGACACUUUACCUGGUUGGGUUAUGGCUCUUGCAUGGCUUUUCUAUUUGCUCUGGCUUUGGACUUCUUUUAGAGAGCCUUAUCGUGAGAAUUAUGAAGAUCUCUCCUCGCAGGACUCUAAUUCUGGGAAAUCUCCACGCAUGAUUCAGGCAAGGCUGGAUAAGGACAUCGGAGGACAAUGCAUAAAUGUUUCUGUAGAGAAUGACUGCAAACAACCAUUAUUAAUGAACUCUGAAGCUAACCAAGAAGAUGAAGAUGAUGUCCAAGAUUGUUGCGAUGCUGAUGAAGAUUCUGACGACAAAAUACAGAAGCCAGUUGAUUCAAUUGUAUCAGCAUAUAGAUUACUAACACCAUCAGUAAAGGUUCAACUAUUUAUAUACUUUAUGCUCAAGUAUGCAAUGGAGAUUUUGCUUGCUGAAUCAAGUGUCAUCACCGGAUACUAUUUUGUAUGGUCCACAAGCAGCGUGGCAAUCUUUCUUGCAUGUCUUGGUCUGACAGUGCUCCCAGUAAACAUUAUUGUUGGUAACUAUGUCAGCAACAUGUUUGAAGAAAGGCAACUUUUACUGGCAUCUGAGAUUAUGGUAUGCUUAGGCAUACUCUUGAGCUUCCAAAUCGUGGUCCCUUACACCGUACCUCAAUAUGUGGGAUCGGCUCUGAUUACAUUUGUCUCAGCUGAAGUACUCGAAGGUGUGAACUUAUCACUGUUAUCUCGAGUGAUGUCGUCAAGGCUUUCUCGCGGGACUUACAACGGGGGAUUGCUUUCGACAGAAGCGGGAACUCUGGCACGAGUGGUGGCAGAUGGAACCAUAACACUAUCAGGGUACUUGGGCCAAGGAAUGCUCUUGAAUACCACCUUACUUCCUUGUUUCUUCAUUUGUAUAUCCUCCAUAUUUGCCACUUGCUUCACUUACAACUCUCUCUACUAAUACAAUAUGUACAAAACUAUAAUAACAACUCCUCCUCUUACCUCUUGUCUACCCCUGUUGUAUAGUAAUAAUGUUAAUAUUAAAUAGCUUAAGGACUGUAUUUUAUGACUAUAACUUUCUAAGCAAAUUAACUUUGUUCUUAUUA